CAACACUGGAUCGAACCAGAUAUCGGAGGAAGGGGCCAAAGCAAUUGGAGAAGCAUUGAAAAUAAAUUCAACGUUAACGAGCCUUGAUAUUGGACACAACAGUAUAUCGAAUGAAGGAGCCGAAGCAGUUGCAGGCGCAUUGAAAAUAAAUUCAACGUUAACGAGUCUUGGUAUUGGGCACAACAGUAUAUCGAAUGAAGGAGCCGAAGCAGUUGCAGGCGCAUUGAAAACAAAUUCAACGUUAACGAGCCUUGAUAUUGGACACAACAGUAUAUCAAAUGAAGGAGCCGAAGCAGUUGCAGGCGCAUUGAAAACAAAUUCAACGUUAACGAGUCUUGAUAUUGGGCACAACAGUAUAUCGAAUGAAGGAGCCGAAGCAGUUGCAGAUGCAUUGAAAAUAAAUUCAACGUUAACGAGUCUUGAUAUUGGACAUAACAGCAUAUCGAAUGAAGGGACCGAAGCAGUUGCAGAAGCAUUGAAAAAAACGCAACAUUAA